UUCUUUUUCAUUUAUACAGUAUGUCUCAAGACCAGAAGCAAGAUAAAAACGACCAAGUCGAAUCCAUGGAUAUCGUCGAAGAUGAAGACACGAAACAAAAGCGUCUUACAAAAGAAACCAUCACAGAAUUGAAGCGUAACUUUUCCUUAUUGGAACGUGCUGUGGAGACCAUUGAAUCUCGAUUCACUACGCGUGUCUUGAGAACAUUGCCUUCUAUUAGACGCCGUUUGACUUCUGAUAUUCUUGCACAAGUGAUCACAGACUAUUAUACUUCAAAUGAUGCACAAAAGGCUGAAUUGUUGCAUAUUUUAAAUGAGACUGAGAAAUCAACAGCAGAUGAAGAAUCAAAGAACAAAAAUGGUGUUUUACCUGAAGUCGAUGUGUAUGUUCAUUUGUUAGUAUUGAUCUAUCUUUUGGACAAGAAUGACAUGGAAAAGGGCCUUGCAUUGUCAACAAAAACUGUAGAAAAGUUAUCUAUUCUGAACCGUAGAACAUUGGAUCAAAUCUCUGCUCGCGUCUACUUUUAUCAUGCUCGUUUCCAUGAACUAUCCAACAAAUUGGCUGAUAUUCGACCUGUUCAAUUAGCAGCCCAUAGAACAGCCACAUUGAGACAUGAUGACGAAUCGCAAGCAACCUUACUCAAUUUACUAUUGCGCAACUAUUUCUACCACAACUUGUAUGACCAGGCUGAUAAGCUUGUUUCUAAGAGUACAUUUCCUGAAAAAGCAGGCAAUAACCAAGCUGCUCGUUAUGCUUACUAUUUGGGACGCAUCAAGGCACUUCAAUUAGACUAUACGUCUGCUCAUAUGUAUUUGACACAAGCUAUUCGAAAAGCACCUCAGAACAAUGUCACUGCUGGUUUCCAACAAACAGCCAAUAAGUUUUUUAUUGUUGUCCAGUUGUUGAUGGGUGAAAUUCCUGAAAGAUCACUUUUUAGACAACCUAUCUUAAAGAAAGCACUUGCACCUUAUCUCGUUAUCACACAAGCUGUUCGUGUGGGUGAUCUUAACAAAUUUCAAGAAGGUUUGGCUCAAUACGAUGCUGUGUUUAAAAAGGACAAGACGUACACACUCAUCCUUCGUCUGCGUCACAAUGUGAUCAAGACAGGUAUUCGUAUGAUCAGUCUUUCUUAUUCCAAGAUCUCCCUUCGAGACAUUUGUAUCAAACUUCAUCUGGACAGUGAAGAAGAUGCUGAAUUCAUUGUGGCCAAGGCCAUUCGUGAUGGUGUGAUUGAUGCCACAUUAGACCAUGCUAAAGGGUUUAUGAAGAGCAAAGAAAUUGUGGAUAUCUACAGUACCAAUGAACCUCAACAUGCUUAUCAUCAACGUAUCAAUUUCUGCUUGAAUCUUCAUAAUGAAGCUGUCAAGGCCAUGCGUUUCCCUAUGGACGCCCAUCGAAAGGAAUUAGCCAGUGCUGAAGAAGCCAGAGAAAGAGAAAGAGAACUCGCUCAGGAAAUUGCAGAAGGUGAAUUGGAUGAAGAUGAUGAUAUGGGUGAUUUUUAAAUAAUAAAGAAA